CGGGAAAUGCAGGGGCUAUGGCAAACACUUUUGAAGGGAAGUGUACGCGAAUGUGUUACUUUUGUUUGUUUUGUUUUUUUCCCCACGUACCGGUCCGCCCCGAGGUUGCUUUUGGCGUGUCCACGCCGUCAACGCGCACGACAGGAAGUCAUUGCUUACGCAAUGCGUUUGACACUGACUGAGUGACUCCGGAUAGUUUUUAGGUAACUCGCUAGCUGGCUAGCAAGCAAGGUGAGAGAGCUCGAGUUGUUUCGUGUCGAGCUGUUUAAGUACCUCGAGGUGAGUUCGUGGACAUUCUCCGUGGUCCAAAUGGCGUCACUGCUGACAGCGUUCCGAAGAGUAGCCCACGCUGGGGUACGCGAAUAUGCGCGGAAGACUGCAGUAAGAUGGGCUGCUACGGAGCAGACACACAGGAGUUUCCUCACCGGCACGCAGCCGCUGAGGUCAGACAGCAAGGUGACGGUCCACUUCAUCAAUCGAGACGGCGAAAAGAUAACAGUGGAGGGGUCUCCCGGGGAGUCGCUGCUUGAUGUUGUCAUUAAUGAAGACCUCGACUUUGAUGGCUUCGGAGCUUGCGAGGGGACGCUGGCAUGCUCUACCUGCCAUCUGAUCUUCGACAAGGACGUCUACAAAAAGCUGGGCCCUGUCACAGAUGAGGAAAUGGACAUGUUGGACUUGGCUUACGGCCUGACUGACACAUCGCGUCUGGGUUGCCAGAUCUGUCUGAGCCGGUCCUUGGAGGGCAUGGUGGCCCGCGUUCCAGAGAGCGUAGCAGACAUCCGACAAAGCCAAGACGGUUCGUCUUAGUGACUUUUUGGGGGUGAUGGUAGGUAUCGCCAGGUGGUCCGCCUAAACAAGCACUUGGAAGGAUCUGGCAUUUGUAGUCUACAGCGGACUAUUAACACUAAUGUAAUGUUAACUUCACCAGCCGCUGUUGCACGUGAAAUAACUGAUCAGGCCAAACUGGCAAAUAGAAUGUAACUGACAUGCUAGCAAAGCCCACCCAACAAGUAUAUUUUUAUUGUAAUUCUGUCAUCUAUCAUCUUGUCAGUUUGUAGGAAUAAAAUGCAAUUUUUUUUAUGUAAACAUCCAAUUUUAUCAUGUGAUUGUACAUACCUAAAACACAUCUCUGUACAGAGAUGUACAGAUAAAUGAUAAUAAUAAAAAAGUCACCUUUCUAA